UAAUCCCUAAUUUGCAAAUGGUCGCAAUGUCAGAAAAUUUAUCCGAGUGUUGAAAAAAAAGUGAAAGAAUAUCUCCGGUUGUAUUUUAUAUUAAUAUUGUUUAUUAAUAAAUCUGUGGUAAAAUUAUCGGAAUGAUAUCUAUUGAUAAUAAUAGAACUCAUCACAAGGAGAUUCAAGAAAACAAUGAACAAAAUCCUCAACUUUAUCCAAGUAUUCCUUCUGCUUACGAUGUUCCUAAAGAAUGGACUUACACAAUGAGAAGAAGUAUGCAGGAAGUUGUUCCUGGCUUGUAUCUCGGCCCUUACAGUGCUGCAAGUCGCUCAAAUUUGCAAUCUUUAUUGGAUUGCGGUAUUACACAUAUUGUAUGUGUUCGACAAGAUAUUGAAGCUUAUUUCAUAAAACCCAAUUUUCCAGAUAGAUUUAAAUACUUAGUUUUAAAUAUCGCUGAUGUUGCAACGGAAAACAUAAUUCAACAUUUUCAAAAAGUGAAAACAUUCAUCGAUGAAAGUUUACUAUCCGGUGGUCAAGUUCUAGUACAUGGAAAUGCAGGAAUAUCGAGAUCCGCAGCUCUAGUUCUUGCUUACGUUAUGGAAACUUAUGGCUUGACACAUGUGAGAGCCUACGCAAUUGUACAACAGAGAAGAUUCUGUAUAAAUCCAAACGAAGGUUUUAUGGCCCAAUUAAAGGAAUAUGAACCCAUUUAUCAAGCGCAAAAAACAUUAAAGAACGGACAACAAAGUAGAACAACGCAAAGAUGCAAAAGGAGCUAUCAUCAAUUAGACGCUGAAUUUAUACCUGAACCAAUGGAUAGUUGAUAUCAGACAGAUUAAAUGCCAAAGUUACCAGAAGACUUAUCCUAGUGUAACAACUCACAUUAGUUAGUGUCUCGUACAUCUUUCUUAAUAGUUCAAACCAAUCUGACUGUUAUCGAAAAAAAGUAGAGCCUCUGUCUCUCUUUCUCUAUCUAUGUCUCUCUAUCUCUCUAUUAAUCGUUAACAUCUUUCUGUCUUUGUUUUGAACGAAAAUUAUCAUUUUUAAGACUGAAGAAAUCUUCCUAUUUUUCAUAAUAUAUUGUAAAUUAAGGUAACAAGAAAUUUACAGUCAAUAUAUAUAUAUAUAUAUUGUGUAUUACAAAAAUAUGCGCAAUCUUGGUUUGCUAACUUUUAUUUUUAAAGAGAUAAUCAUAAUUUAUUUUUAAUAUAAUCAAAAAAUUAUUUAAUACAAGUCUGUUCUUUUUUCGCAAAUAUUUGAAAUCUAUUUUUUCUCUUUUACGCGAAAAAUUUAAAAGUUAAGUUUAAAAAUAUUACUAUUUAUUGUGUUCAAAAACAAAAAGCUUUGAAUACUCUUUUUGCAGUGUUGUAGAAAUUAUUAUAUAUAUAGUUAAACAUUUUUUUUAUACGUUUUCAAUUAUUUAAAGUUUCUAAAAUAAAAUGUGUUUUCUAAGAGUUAAGUAACAUAUAUUAAUAUAUAAAAGUUAUCUAUAAUUAGUGAUGACUUUUCUUUUAUUAAAAAAAAAAAAAAAAAAAUCUUUCUCGUAAAGUUAAUUUUUUAUUUUAUUUAAAUAUAUUACACAUAAUUUCAUUAAAUCGCUUUUAAAAAAAAAAUAAUACCAGUCAUAUCGGUUUGAAUAACUCAUUUUCCUAACCGAAUUAAAGGCGAGUACGUAUUUCUGUAAUAAUAAAAUAAAAAGAACAAACGCUUAGUGUACAAAAAUAUAUUUAGGAAUUUCUACAAUUUAGAAUCGAUAAAUGUAAAAUGACUCUUUUUAACGCCACAUCACAGAACUAAUCUUGUAGCUUUAAAAGCUUUUUCUAUAAACAAAAUUUCCACGUACUUUCGCACUCAUAAUAUUUAACGCAUCAUUAGUUAAAUAGUAUUUGAUAAUUAGGAUAAAUUCAUAAA